AUGCAUACGGUGAUGAAUAUUCUUAUUUUUACUUUACUUUCUAAUAUUAUUAUUAUACAAGUUCACAGUAAAAAUCAAGAUUAUUUAGCAAAAUUUUUUGAAACAAAAAAUCCUGAUGAUUUACAUGAUAAUGCAAAAGAUUUUCUCACUCUUUGGCGAUCACGACAACGAGCUGAUGGCGAUGGACAUUGGUGUUGUGCUAUAGUUCCACCUUCAAUUCCUGUUUUCUCCUCUACUGGUCAUCUUUUACAUUAUGAUCCACAACCAUGUCCUAAUACACAUAUGGUCUGCUGUAAAAGCUAUAUAAAUAUCCAAGGUCAAUGUUUCUCUUUUAAUGAAAUAAAAGAUAUUCUUCCAGCAUGGCAAACACUUUUUGCAACAUUCGGUUCAUCAAUGACAACAGACCAGAUUCUUGGUGCUAUUCAUCAAAUGGGUUAA